GGUGUGGAAAUCUCUUCCGCAGCCUAAACGAAAGUCAAAUUCAGGUGCCCGUUCAGGAAGCACGACAAUUGCAAUGACAAAGCACUAUUGGCCUAUGUACUUUUGAAUUUAGGUUUUUACCGAGGCCAGGGCUAGACACGAAAUAUCAGAUAUUUAUGUCACGUUCUUUCUUUAAGGCGAUUUAUGGGAAACGUACUAAUUGCCAGAUAGUAGCUUAUUCCAGGCUGUUAGAAAAAUGACACUUAGGCUAUCAGCGGUGGAAGCAUAUAUUUUGACAUCAGGAGUUUGGAGUGGAUCAUUCUGACUCUCACGUAAGUCUGCUGGACUACCAGAGGGAUUUGGACUCCAUGAUCAUCAUCUUCACGUGUAAGCAUCAUUGUCUUCCUCUUCUUAAGUAUUGUCAGGCACUCUAGUAGAGUCACUUCUAGUUAUGGUUGUCUUCACACUACCAUCUUUCACUUAGUCUGUUCAUCACCACUUUGGAAAUGAAAAACAGCUUUGUUUAUGAUGGCGUCAAUAUGCAGUCAGCUAAGUGGGGCAUUCCCAGCCCCAGUUCUUUACUGUAAACAUAAUGGUUGUUAAAAAAACACUUGUGUGUUCUUUGAGUAUGGCUACAAUGAUCUGGCAUCCUAGAAUCAGGAAUAUAGCACUCUGGUCAUGGGUAUAAUUAUGAAUCACCAAUCACCAAUAACAAUAGAAAAUGUGAUAACAGAGCCUCAAUGUUGUCAGUCUGUAUUGAUUAAUUAUUACAUAUUAGACAUAAUGUGAUAAAGAAGUGAUCAUACGGUAUGGUAAUGUUUGUUUACAGGCAAGACCCCCUUUAGUUGCUCAUGGAGUGGAUGCUGGUGUGCUGCUUAUGGAUCUAUUUAGGCACUGCUGCUGCUCUUGUGAAAAAGCAAGUGCAGAUUGGGGACCAUGUCACACUUGACUGUGACAUAAAUGUGAAGAACAAUGGUCAUUAUGAGAUUGAGUGGAGAACUCUCGACCGCAUGGUGGCCAAAUCUGUCAACGGAAUCCUCACCCCAGGCUGUGGGUUUAAGGACAGAUUGUAUCUUGAUGGUGUAUCCCUCACCAUAACACACACUCAGUACGAUGAUCAUGGUCAAUAUGAAUGCUGGUAUGACGGACAUCAGAAAUCUUGGUCAUUGCAGAUAGACAUUCACAACAAUCUUACAACAACUGUUGGACAGCCUGUCUGGAUUCCCUGUUAUGAAAAACUAAAAAAGUGCAGUAAAGACGGAAGGGCAAAUGAAAUAUCUUUUGAAUGGUGGAAAGACAAAAACCCUGUGCCUGUAUUUCAGAUGGAGAAGGGUGCAAGAGUUGCAAAGGGGAGAGCAGAGGAGUCACCUGAUGUAAAACAGGGAAAUUUCUCUCUUGUCUUUCACAAGGCAUAUUUUUCUGACAGUGGGACCUACCGGUGCAGUGAGCAGGAGGAGAGUACUAUUCUUCGGAUGAAAGGUAAGUUUACAGAAUUCCAAAUUCAAAAUAUCGGAGAGAGUUUGUCCCCCUCCCCCCCAGACUCGAAGCUCAUGCGGGUUGCCAGUUCACAAGGUGGAAGUCAACGUUUCUAUUGA